AGACCUGGAAUGAGCCCCAGUCAGUCAGUCAGACUUUCCUUCUGUUACAUAGGCUGGUGUCCAGUUAAACAUCAAAGGUGACAUAACUCAAACUCAGCUCUGAGAAUGGCUUUGUUCCUAUCUGAAGAGAAUAUCAUGUGCCCUGUAUGCCAUGACAUAUAUGAGGAUCCAGUGGUCUUGUCGUGUACUCACAGUGUAUGUAAGGAUUGCUUGAAAAAAUACUGGAGUACUAACAAAUCCCAGGAGUGCCCACUUUGCAGGAGAAAGUCCUCGAGAGACAAUCCUCCUGUCUCCAUCGUCUUGAAGGACUUGUGUGAGGCCUACACGAAGGAGAAGAAGUUGCCCGGAGAGUUCUGCCCCUCUCACGAAGAACAAUUCAAACUCUUCUGUAAAGAGGACAAGCAGCUGCUGUGUGUGGUGUGUCUAAGCUCCAAAAAGCACAAGACUCAUGACUGCAGUCCAGUAGAUGAAGCUGCUGCUGAUCUUAAGGUUGAAACAAGGGAUGCAUUGAAAUCCCUGCAGGACAAGUUGACGAAAUUGAAAUCAAGCGAAAACAUCUGUUGCUGUAGGGUACAGAACAUCAAAAGCCAAGCUGAAAAAACAGAGUCUCUGAUUAAGGAAGAGUUUCAGAAACUUCACCAGUUUUUACGAGAUGAAGAAAAAGCUCAUUUAGAUGUGCUGAAGGAAGAGGAGGAGGAGAAGAGCCGAUUGCUGAAGGAGAGGAUUGAUGAUAUUAGCAAGGAAAUGUCGUCUCUUGCUGACAGAAUCAAAGACCUUGAGGAGAAGCUGAAGUUCGAGGCCAUCGUCUUCCUUUCUGACUUCAAGGAUACCAUAGAAAGAAUUCAGUGCAGUGUGAAGGAGCUGGAGCCCGCGCCAGGAGGCCUGAUUGAUGUGGCACAGCACCUGGGCAACCUCAACUUCAGGGUCUGGCUAAAGAUGCGGGACAUCAGUCACUAUAGUCCUGUGAUUUUAGACCCCAACACUGCAGGUGACAAACUUUCUGUAUCGAAUGACCUGACCACGGUGAACAACAGUUACGCUAGACAGAGUUUUCCAGAUGAAAGGUUGGACUCCUCUGUCAUCCUGGGCUCUGAGGGCUUCGACUCUGGGACCUACAGCUGGGACGUCCAUGUUGGGAAGCAUAAAUACUGGGACAUAGGCAUGACCACAGCACCCAGCCAGACUGAAAAACAUUUCUGGAGCACAACCUGGUGUUUAAGUUCUCGUUGUAAUUACAUGGAGAGCAACAUUGAACACUGUAUAAGUUUCCCUGGAAAAGACUCACCCUUAUCUCUGAGUAAACCACCUGAGACAAUCAGAGUUCACUUAAACUUUGACGAAGGACAGAUCAUAUUUGACCCUGUUGGCAAUACAGGUACAUACACUAUCAACCACAGUAAUUUCACUGAGAAAGUUUUUCCAUUCAUUCAUACCUACUACCAGUCCGGUCUCCAUCCCAUAAAGAUCAUACCAGUGUGUCCCACUGUAGAGGUGGUUGACAUCAAAAAAUGCAAGAUUCAGUUUUAGCUGAAUGCUAAAUUUACACCAUUUGCUGUCUGCUUAAUGUUUUGGCGCUUAAUGUGCAGAGGCGGACAUCCCGGUUCCAGAAAGUAAGAGUCCUGCCAUAUAUUUUUUACCUGUGCACUUAACUCAGUGAUAUCACUAUCGGAUCUACCCAGCUGCUAAUUAGGAUGAGCUGGUGUACUAAAUGAUGGAUCCAAUACUUGGCAGGACUUUUACUUUCUGUACCCGGGAUGUGCGCCUCUGGUUAUGUGUCAGAAAUAGCUACAGUAUGGGAAUAUAAUGAAUGUACAGUGUUAAUCAGAAAUUGCAUUUCCUGAGGAUGCUGUGACUAUGCUGGCUUAAGAUAGUUUUCAUACAUGUGCAUCUUCUCUCAUAUUUCUUUGGGGUUGUAAGAUCAGGUAACUGUAAAGGUUUUUGCUUAAUUGUUCAGCUGCCAAAAUGUGUUCUUAUAACUUUAAUUGAAGUAGAGCAGUCUUCUCCGCUAUCUGUACUGCUAUUAGGCAAACCAGGGAACACGCAUCACAAACAGUAGGCGACCAAUACUGUUAUACAGUCUGCAGAGUAGACCUAGUGUUAACUGAUUUGAGGCUAUUCUCUCAGACUUGGCUAGGAAUAAACUUUCCAAAUUGUUUGAGUUUUGGAUUGAUUUGAUUCAGAUAAAGUAGUUUCUCUGUUAGAUCGAGGGGUAGAG